AUGGAGGACGAGACAGAGGAUGAGACAGAGAACAAGACAGGGAGCUACCUGUCUCGCUUUAAACCUGUGUUCAGUAACUGGAGCUUUUUCGGUCUCUGGGAUUCCAAGACGGAGAACAAGACAGAGAACGAGACAGAGAAUGAGACAGAGAGCGAGACAGAGGACGAGACAGAGAGCUCUCAAUCUGUCUUUGGUGAAUGGGGGUUUCUCCUUCCUUGGGCUUCCAAGAGCGAGACAGAGAGCGAGACAGAAAGCGAGACAGAAAGCGAGACAGAGAGCGAGACAGAAAGCGAGACAGAGAGCGAGACAGAGAGUGAGACAGAGAGCGAGACAGAGAGCGAGACAGAGAGCGAGACAGAGAGCGAGACAGAGAGUGAGACAGAGAGCGAGACAGAGAGCGAGACAGAGAGUGAGACAGAAAGCGAGAUAGAAGGGGCCAGAGAGACAAGAGCGGAGUGGGAGAGUCUUCAAGAGCAGCUUAACCGAGGUCAAGAAGAACUGAAGCUUAGAGAUCAACAAAUCUUGACUCUACAGCAGGAAGUAACUGAGGUCAAAGAUCAGUUGGAGGCAGUUGAGACCAGUAAGAGGCGUUCAUUGGGUUUGGCGCGGGAGCGAUUGGAGCAGUGGAAGAAAGCCCGACGACAGAAGCAGCUUCAGUUACCAAAGAAAUCUCGUCAGAUACCACUGGAUCAGUCAGUAGUAUUAGAGAUAGACGGCGAGAUAGAACUGAAUGUUAAAGAUGAACAAAGGCGUUCAUUGGGUUUGGCGCGGGAGCGAUUGGAGCAGUGGAAGAAAGCCCGACGACAGAAGCAGCUUCAGUUACCAAAGAAAUCUCGUCAGAUACCACUGGAUCAGCCAGUAGUAUUGGAGACACAGGGCGAGAUAGAACUGAAGGUUAAAGAUGAACAAAUGCGCAGGGGGCUAAAUGAGAACAUUAGGACCCUGGUCCAAAUGUUCUCCCAGAAAGACCAGGCCGUUCAAGAGGUGAUACAGCAAAACAUGGGACCCAGUGAGAACGUGAGGACGCUGGUCCAAAUGUUCUCCCAGAAAGACCAGGCCGUUCAAGAGGAGAAACAGCAAGAAGAAUUACGAGAGAAAACUCAAGACAAGGUCUAA